AUGUCCUUCGUUCCUUGUUCCUGGGAUGCCUACAUGGACAAUUACGGGUCCUGCUUCAAGCCCUGCUAUUCAGGUUAUCUCAGUCAAAUCCUCGACAACGGUACUUGCGGUACCAAUUACACCACUAUUGCGGCUAGUACCUCCAAAUCUACUCUGAAGUGUAUCUGUGAGAACGCACACGGCGUAUCUGAUACUUGGAGUAAAACCGCCUGGGAAUGUAGUUAUACCCGCUGCGAUAACUUGACUGGGAAUUUCAACUACAGCGACUGGAUUAGCAGUAUCUGGAGCUACGAUGAUUUGUGCGCGAUCCGAAAAGUGCACAUCAGCAGCAACAAGAUUGUCUACGGCAGGGGCUCUGGUAGGAUUAUUGGCAUUGAGUCAGGUGUAGAUAUAAGGCUGUAG